GACAUGGAAGGGCCUCAUUUUGAGCCUCCAAGGAAACGAGGUGACUUCCUCGCCUCGCGGCCGAGGCUGCAUGGAAGCCGCUAUGUAGAUGCGUUGCCCGACGUCGAUCAGCAGCUGGAAAAUGCGAUCGUCAUGGGUGACUUGGCAUGGGUGAAGGACUGCAUCAAGAAAGGCGCCAACGUGAACUGUCGGUUAGAUGAGAAGGGCUUCACCCCGCUGAUGCUGGCCUCAGAAGGUGGCUGGGCAAACAUCGUGAGAUACCUGGUGGAAAAUACAGACGUUGACAUGGAAGCAGUGGAUUCUGGAGGUUUCAAUGCGGCGGACAUUGCAGCCCUCAACGGCUAUCUUAGUUGGGAAGAGCGAGGCAAAAAUGCUGAUGUUGCAGAUAUUGUGAACUACCUGAAGGAUAGGGGCCUCGAGUACUCGUGGAGAGGUGCUGUUAUUGGUGGUGACAUCGAUCGCAUCAACGAGUUCCUGGAGAAUGGCCAGGACAUAGAGGAGCGCACAGGCUACUACUGCGAAGGCAACUAUCAGUACACUGCCUUUCAGAUGGCCAUGAAGUUUGGUCGUCAGAAUGUGGCCCGCUACCUGAUGUGUCUUGGUGCUGUCGUCCCCAGAGACAUCUGUGAGACGCAGAUACCUUUCGAGAGCGAGCUGAGGGGUUUCACGUAG